UGAGCCACGAGGGCGCGCCGCGCUCACGAGAGCAGGACCGCGGCGGCGGCGCGCCCCAUCUGGAGCGCGCUGCCCCGCCCCGCCCCGCCCCCUCGCUCCCGGGGCUCGCGGGCACCUGGAGUCAGGAUUGCCUCAAGUUUGCAGCAUUAGCACCAGCUGAGGAGGGCCAGACAUGUCCGAAGUGAAGAGCCGGAAGAAGUCCGGGCCCAAGGGAGCCUCCGCGGAGCCCGGGAAGCGGGGUGACCUCGGGAAGAGCCCCGAGGCCCGGGGCGGUGGAGGCGGGGGCUGGGCGGACCCCCGGACCUUCGUGAGCCUGCUGUCGCUGGGGAUAUGCCUGGGCCUGGCCUGGUUUGUAUUUCGGCAGUCGGAGAAGUUUGCAAGGAUAGAAAACCAAUACCAGUUACUGAAAAUAGAAACCAAGGAGUUCCAAAGUUUUCAAAGUUCAGUCGGUUUAAUUUCAGAAAAGCUUGAGUCUACUCAAAGUGUCCUGCAGGAAGCUACAUCAUCCAUGUCUUUGGUGACCCAGUUUGAGCAGGAAGUAUCAAGCCUCCAGAGUAUCUUACAUGACAUUCAAAGUAGUGAAGAGGUGCUCACUCAAAAGAUGCAAAGCCUUAAUAAGAAAUUCCAGAAUGUUACAGAUUUCUGGAAGAGAAGCCUAGAAGAAAUGAAUGUUAAUACAGAUAUUUUCAAAUCAGAAUCAAAACACAUACAUUCUCAAGUUACUGUCCAAAUUAACUCAGCUGAACAAGGAAUAAAAUUGCUUACUGAAAGGCUAAAAGAUUUGGAAGACAGCACACUGAGAAACAUUAGAACAGUAAAAAGACAAGAAGAAGAGGAUCUUCUGCGAGUAGAGGAGCAGCUUGGCUCUGAUACAAUAGCAGUUGAAAAGUUAGAAGAGCAGCAGCAUGCCCUCUUUGCCAGAGACAAAGACCUGACUAAUAAACUUUCCAACUAUGAACCCAAAGUUGAAGAAUGCAAGACACAUUUGCCAACAAUUGAAAGUGCUAUUCACUCUGUUCUGAGAGUCUCUCAGGAUCUGAUAGAGACAGAAAAGAAAAUGGAAGAUUUGACUACUCAGGUGUUUAAUAUGGAAGAUGACAUGCUGAAAGCAGUCUCUGAAAUAAUGGAGAUGCAGAAAACCCUUGAAGGAAUUCAGUAUGAUAAUAGCAUAUUAAAGAUGCAAAAUGAACUGGAUGUUCUAAAAGGAAAAGUUCAUGAUUUUAUAGUCUAUUCAAGUACAAGAGAAAAGGGAACUUUAGAAGAUUAUAAUCUAGAAAAUGAAGGAAAAAUUGAUAGUGAGUUUUAAAUGCACUACAUUUACUCUGAUAAGUCACAUUAUUAUACAUAAAUUGAUGAGUUCUAUGCUUUUGUGCUAUUUUGAUAAGUCUCACUUUAUCCUAGUGAGAUGUCCACACAGAUGAAUUAUCCAUACAUCCAAAGCUUAUCUUUUUAAGCAAUAAAACUUAUUUCAUUUUAACCAUUUUAAAUAAGAAUAUUUCUAAAAUAUGUAUUUCUCCACUUUUUAAAUCAAUAUACUUAAUAUUUUUUAAAGUUUUUCUAAUAAUUAAUGGACAUCAUUAUGAAUCUCACCAGUUAUACUGGACCUAAAUAUAUUAAUACCUCUAGAAGCUAUUGAGGAGUGUUUACCUCCUCACCAAAUGACCCAUUUUUUUUUUUCAAACGUAUGGCUACUAUACCUUUUUUGUCACCUGAAAAGGUGACCCACUGACCUGAUCUUACUGUAGGUUGGUUGGUAAUAUAUGCCUGUUUAAGCCAGUUUUUCAUUUCCUUUGUAAUUUUGCAGGCCAAGAAUCCAGACAACCAAGUUAAUAGGAAUUUUAUCUAAAAAAUAAACAUGCCCAAGGGAGAGCCUGGGGUACUUCGUUAUGAAUUAAUACGCACUUUUGAAAACUAUGGAGCCUGGGAAAUGUUUUUACUUUUUGUUAAGGUUCCAAACUGUUACAGAUACUUGUAAGAAUUUUUAAAGAGGAGUAGAUAUGUUGUUAUUGAAGGCUUUUCAUAUGAAUUAAGUGUGUAUGCUUUGAAGAAACUUCCUUGGACGAUCUUCAUAUACCUGGGCUUUUUUUUAAGGUUCUCCCUGUGUUAUAGACUCUUGAGUUUGUUACAUACAUAAUCUCUAGAUAUAUUUUUCUACUUACAAUAAAAAGUAUACCAGUAAGCCUGUGGCCUAUUUAAAGAGGAAAAAGCAGCAUAAUGAGAAAUUGUAAUUAUGGUAAUUAAAAGUAUGUUGUUAGAGUCCCCAAACUAAUUACCCAACCAAAUUCAUUUUACAUAGUGACUUUAUUUUACACAAAUUUAUAUAAUGGAGUCACAAGGAGUAAGAAUGGACAUACUGAGAUGAGAUUAAGGGGAGGGCUAGUUGGAUUUUUCCAAUAAUAAUAAUUAGAAGUGUGCAGGAUUGGAAGAUCACAUGACUUUUAUUGGUAAGCUGAUUUAUCAAGAGUGUCCAAACUUGCUGUUGAAAACUGAGUCGACUGCACAUGGAAGUACUAUUCUUGUUUCUUCUUGUCAAUAACCAACUGUAUUCCCAGUUUUAUAAUGCAAUUUCAGUGGAAUUAAACACAAAGAACUUGAAAGCGGUUACAAAAAUACAGAAAUUAGUUGUGGUCAGGUCAUUUUAUGAUGUAACUUUGCACAUUUUUGGAAGAAAAUCCCAAGCAAGUUCUACUUUUGAGUUUAGGAGUGCUUACGGUAGUCAGCCACAGGUCAUAAAAACAAACCUGGAAGAGUGCUGCUAUUAAGGGGCAUAGCAUUUAUUUCAGAAAACAUUACAUUUCUUGACUUUGAAUGUCUUAAGUUCUCAUCUAUGUGCACCGGCAAAAUUGGAUUUUGCUUUUAUUUUCAUGCUAAGAAAAUAAAGUUAGCAGGGACUGUUGUUCUAACCCCCA